CAAUCAUGCUCCCCAAGGAACCUGUAGCCUGUGAAAUCAACCAUGCCCUUACUCCACCCCCACUCCAUUCUCCAUUGCCCUCAAGAGAUCGUCCCAGAGCAGGUGCCUAACAAGUUCACCUAUGAUUACGAGACCAUUCGGAAUGGGGGGCUGAUCUUCGCCGUGUUGGCUUUCGUGGUCGGACUCCUCAUCAUCCUCAGUCGGCGGUUCCGCUGCGGAGCAAAGAAGAGAAGAAGAACCACUUGCACUGUCAGGAAAGCAGCUUCCUCCCCACUGCUCUGUCUGGGAGGGGGGAGUUGUCUCCAGGAGCCAAGCCCCUUGCACCGGAGACAUUAACCCUCUCAGCCCUGCACGUCUAUAAACACCAUUUGCAUGGCUUUCCUUUGUAAAAUCUUUGCCUCAAUAAAGCUCC